CCACAUGCCUUUGCGCCAGUCCUCUCAGUAGCCUUCUCUUGGAGUGCUGAGAAAGACCAAGACAGCAGCCAUGAAGCUUUUGGUAGCGAUGUGUCUGAUGGUAGCGGGCGUCAGCGCCUCAUAUGGGCCAGCCGGAAUUGUUCAUCCUGAUGGGAGGCUGGAGCAGCUCACCCGCGAACAGGCUGAAAACAUCGCCGUCGUCGGGGAAUCUGGAGUGACUUUCCACGACGGGUCACACAUUCAGUUCAACCGCGACGCCGCCUUGCACCAUGCUGGUGUCGUGCCACCCAUGCCCGUAGCCGUCAUGCUGGAGAAUCCAGGUCCAUUCACCUCUACUGGCAUAGUCAUGCCCGACGGGAAAAACGUGCAGUUCACCCCCGAUCAAUCCGCAAACGUCGCAGUUGUCGGCCCCUCUGGAGUCGUCAACUUUGACGGCAAGAACGUGCAGCUGAACGAUGAGGGGCUCCCAUCCCGCAAGAAGCGUUCCAAGCCUGUCAUUGGCGAUUCAGGAUACAUCACCGCAAACGGAAGGCAGGUCCAGUUACCUCACGGUGUCACGAUCCUAAUCGCAGGUGACACUGGCCUGGUGCUCUCCAACGGACAAGCCGUGCAGCUGUACGAAUAAGUAUCUAUAUAUACAUAUCAAAUUGAAUUCCGCAUUUUUUUCCGAGGCAGUUAUGUAUUUCUUAUGAAACAAUACGGUGUAAUCUCCACUGACACGUGAUAUGAUUUCAUUUUCUAUUUCUAAAUAAAUAUGUACCUUUUCAGAGGAAUACCUUAUACCCCUAAUGCUAAGAUUAGUUGGUCUAAAAAAAAAAAAAGCAUCACUAAAUUGGAUUUUACGUUGAAUGAGACCAAAUGGUGGUAGAGGUAAAAGAUAAGGAAAAGCAAGGAGGGAAUAUUAGCGUAAAAUGAUGAAUAAUAAUAUUUCAAGCAGAACAUAAUCUAUCUUUUUGACAUGAAACAGUCAGAGCAGAAAAAUGUACUGUACAAUAUUAUUGAAAGAACAAUAAAUAAUGAUAAAAAUA